UUUCUUAGCACUGAUGCAUUGUGUUAUCGGACUAAUCCAGAGCCCUGCCCCUUUGAAACCACGACUACAACAACUGAGCCCACAACAACAACAACAACAACGGAACCCACUACAACAACCACAACAACGGAACCCACAACAACAACCACAACAACAGAACCAACUACUACAACAACCACUACAACAACGGAACCAACAACAACUACAACAACAACGGAACCCACAACUACUACAACAACCACUACAACUACGCCUCCCAUUCUCGAUGAACUGACUCGCUGUCCGCCGGGUUUCAUUUUCUUCGACUCGGAAUGCCGGAAAAUAGUCUGUUCGGAGGGUGAAUUCUACGCUGGUCGCUGCAUUUUAUCGGCCUGCCCACCGGGAACCGUUUGGUAUGGUAAACGUUGCCAGGAACCAGGAUAUAUCACCACAAUCAUUGAGAUCGGCAAUGUGUUACACAACGAGCACAAGUACACGGUGACCAGCGAAAAUAUAAACCGAGUGGAGUACAUUACAGCCGCACCCUACGAUCCGGAUAAGGAUAAAACCUACGAUUUUAGUACACCCGCAAAUGUACCAGAUAAUAUUGUGGCCCCACCACCAACAACAACAACAACAACGACGACAACCAGACGUCCUUGGAUAUUCACCAGUGUGAGGCCAACUACGGAGCAACCGGUGGUCGAUGAACCAUUUCCGGGUCGAAAUCCUGGACCGGGCUGCUGUUUUGUAAAGAGUCCCCGCAUCUGCAUCAACUACGCUCCCAACUGGGUGUGUUCCUCCAAGGAGAAGAAGUUCUGCGAUCCCAGGGUCUGUUCGGCCCCUGUGGUUUACCUCAAGCCCCCGAAGAUCGUCCAUGGGGAAAACCCUAAACGGGUGGUGAUGCCGCCCAAUCCGCCACUCCUGGCCUGCAGUACCUCGGAGUGCAAGGAAAGCGAGGUUUUGGAUUGUUCCGGCUGCAAGGACAAACAGCGGGAUAAGUGCUCCCCAGGCUGCUAUAGUUAUUACUGCCCCAAUGGCACCUGUGCCUUUAUGAACACCGAGGACUUUUGUGCCAUAUAUCCCGGCGAAUGGGGAUGCAAUCCGAAAGACGGGUGCAUUUGGGACUGGUGCAGUAAGAAGUGCUACUAG